AAAGGCUUGGCCGACACUACUUUUGUGUUGGAAGGCAAGCAUAUGAGUCUCCUGCGCUGUCAUGAGAGAGAAAUGAGGAGGAGGAGGAGAUUGUGAGAGGAGAUGAGGCUUGCUUCCCGUUUCUUGGUGGGAAUGGAUCGUUCCCGCGCAUCACUGGCGGCUCUUUUUGAUCUUGCUCCUCUUCUCCUCCUCUCGACUACUCUAGUGGCCGUGACGGUGGAAUCGGCCACCGACUCAUUGGAUGUUCCAGCUCUUGGUGUGCUGUAUGCUUCCUUGAAUAGCCCGCGGCAGCUCUCCGGGUGGACGCGCAGCGGGGGUGAUCCGUGUGGUACCUCGUGGUUGGGGGUUUCUUGCUCUGGUUCGGCGGUGGUUGCCAUCCAUCUGUCGGGAUUAGGGCUCAAUGGUUCUCUGGGAUACCUACUCUCGGAUCUCUUGUCCUUGAAAACACUGGACUUGAGCAACAACAACAUACAUGAAACCAUUCCAUAUCAAUUACCGCCGAACCUAACCUAUCUGAAUCUUGCCGGCAAUGAUCUUUCUGGGAAUCUUCCAUACUCUAUAUCUUCCAUGGUUUCACUCAAUUACCUGAAUCUCAGCCAUAACCUACUGUCUCAAACAGUUGGUGAUAUCUUCAGCGAUCUUCAGGACCUCUCUGAGUUGGAUUUGUCGUUCAACAGCUUCACGGGAGAUCUUCCAAACUCUUUUGGUUCUCUGUCAAACCUUUCAAAUCUUUAUUUGCAGGACAAUCAAUUUAUGGGCCCAGUAAAUAUUCUUGUGAAUCUAGACCUAACUACUCUAAAUAUUGCAAAUAACCAGUUUAACGGCUGGAUACCCCAGGAAUUCAAAUCAAUCACAAAUCUUGAAAUUGGUGGUAAUUCCUUUUCUCAUGGUCCGGCUCCACCUCCACCUCCAUACAUGCCACCGCCUCCUGGUAGACUGCACAGGAGUCACAAUAACACUCGGAACCCUUCACAGGGGUCUGGGGGUAAAUCAUCCGCUCCAGAUCAUGUACGCAACAAGAAGAGUUUGACUGCAGGUCUGCUGAUAGGGAUAGUCAUAGGCUCAGCAUUUGGUGCUUUGUGCAUAAUACUAGCUAUUAUAUUAUGCCUUCACAACAUCCAGAAGUGUAAAAAUGGCAAUGUAAAUAACAGGAAUGACUCUGGAACAUCUGCUGCUGUGGGUACAAAUAAAGUGACAAAGAAGGAGAUGCAAGAGCAGAGGCUGAAAAGUUCUUCCAUAACUAGUCCGAAACCUCCUACUGAUACAGUGAUGGUUGAGAAGUUACAUGGGAAGAAUAUGGCUGCAAAGCCAUCAAAAGUCCCUAUAACUGCAACAUCAUAUACUGUUGCUUCUCUUCAGAUUGCAACAAAUAGCUUUAGUCAGGAUUGUCUUGUUGGUGAAGGUUCUUUUGGUCGGGUUUACAGAGCAGAGUUCCCGAAUGGAAAGAUUUUGGCUGUUAAAAAGAUUGACAGUGCAGCAGUAUCCUUACAAGAAGAGGAUAGUUUUCUUGAGGCUAUUUCAAAUAUGUCAAGAUUUAGGCAUCCAAAUAUCGUGACACUUUCAGGAUACUGUGUCGAACAUGGGCAGCGGCUUUUGGUUUAUGAGUAUAUUGGUAACGGGACUCUGCAUGAUAUGUUGCACUUUGCUAAUGACAGUAGCAAUACUUUAUCAUGGAAUGCACGAGUGAGAGUGGCACUUGGCGUUGCUAGGGCUCUGGAGUAUCUGCAUGAAGUGUGCUUGCCUUCUGUAGUACAUAGAAACUUGAAGUCUGCAAACAUACUACUUGAUGAAGAGCUUAAUCCUCGCUUAUCAGACUGUGGAUUAGCUGCAUUAACACCAAGUACAGAAAGAAAGGUUUCGACAGAGGUAGUUGGCUCCUUUGGUUAUAGUGCUCCAGAAUUUGCAUUGUCUGGAGUGUAUACUGUAAAGAGUGAUGUUUAUAGCUUCGGAGUAGUGAUGUUGGAGCUACUGACUGGUCAGAAGCCACUGGACAGUUCUAGAGUUAGAUCAGAACAGUCCCUUGUCAGAUGGGCUACCCCUCAACUCCAUGAUAUUGAUGCAUUAUCUAAGAUGGUUGAUGCAGCGUUGAAUGGAAUGUAUCCUGCAAAAUCCCUUUCGCGUUUUGCUGACAUAAUUGCACUAUGUGUUCAGCCGGAGCCAGAAUUCCGACCUCCGAUGUCUGAAGUGGUGCAAGAACUAGUUCGUUUGGUGCAAAGGGCAAGUGCGGUCAGAAGGCGAUCCGGAGAAGAGAUUGGGUUCUCAUAUAGGGUGAUGGAGCAGGAUGCUAGCAUGACCGACAUAUCGUUCUGAAUGAAUAAUUCUUUCAUGCCACGAUCCAGGUUUCUUCUUUUCGGCACGUACGGAAAGCACAAAUUUGAAGGGGGAAAAAAAAUGCAGUUUGGCAACAAUAAAUCUUGUGGCCGGGAACUGUUAUGCCCAUGAACUACUUAAGUAGCUUAGUUCAUGGGCAUCUCAGUAAAAUGAAAGAAAGAUUUCACCUCAAUUUCCAUCUACAUGCUGAAGACAUCUUUUCUUUUUCCCUUUUUGGUUUGUGACUAACGCUCCAUCUAUGCCAUGUACAUGUAUUAUGUCAGAGUACAUUCAUCUAAUAACAAAAAGAAAUAGGUUUUCA